AUGACAAACACCUUCACACUACUGCACUGCAUGAGACUCCGCCAAAAGUUUUCCAUCAUCACUCCAGCUAAGAGUAUUGAUAUGAAGAGCUUCACUCGGGAUCUCUCGGCAUUGAUGAGAUGUCCACAUGUGUCUAAUAGAACGCUGAAAGAGAUAAACAGAUUAAGACUGCAUUUCUGUUGUAAUGCUACAGGUUCUUUGUACCUGACAAAGCAGAACACAGUUGUGAAUCAAAUGAUUCAAUAUGAAAAAUCAAAUAAGGGAUACAAAGUGAAUGCUGCCCUUCACAAUAUGCUGCCUGAGGACUUACCCUGGAGAGGUCAUGGUGGUCUUGGUCGAUGUGCUGUGGUGGGCAGUGGAGGAAUUCUCAAGAACAGCAGUUGUGGAAAAGAGAUUGACAGUGCAGACUUUGUCAUCAGGUUUAACUUGGCUUCCAUUAAUGACAGUGAUGUUGGGUUAAAGACUGAUCUAAUUACCAUCAACCCCACUCAGCUCUACAAAAGCUACAAAAAUAUGAACGUGAAUCCAGGUCCGUUAGUGCAACGUGUAAGUGUGUAUGGCAACGCCUCUCUCAUCAUUCCUGCAUUUGCGUACCCAUUUUGCACUGCCGUGUCAAUCAACACCCUCAAAGUGCUCCAGCCAAUCAGAACUCAGCAGCGUGUGGUGUUCUUUAGCUCCUCCUACCUCAAAACAUUGGACCAUUUCUGGAAGAGGCGUGGCCUGAAAGAGAUCCGCCUCUCCUCAGGGUUUAUGUUAAUUAAUGUGGCACUAGAACUGUGUGAUGAUGUGCAUAUAUACGGAUUCUGGCCAUUUGACAUCGACCUGCAGCAGCAGCCACUUCCAUAUCAUUAUUACGACAACAAAGAACCGCACAAGUUUAUGCGCACAAUGCCAGAGGAGUUCAUCCACUUGCUACAUCUCCACAGCCAGGGGGCGCUCACACUAGUAGUGGGAAUGAAGAUACUGAUCUUGGACUUACGGAAACUGAGGUACAAUGCUCACCAUCCCAUCAGCAUUAAAUGCUACAAAAAUAUGAACGUGAAUCCAGGUCCGUUAGUGCAACGUGUAAGUGUGUAUGGCAACGCCUCUCUCAUCAUUCCUGCAUUUGCGUACCCAUUUUGCACUGCCGUGUCAAUCAACACCCUCAAAGUGCUCCAGCCAAUCAGAACUCAGCAGCGUGUGGUGUUCUUUAGCUCCUCCUACCUCAAGACAUUGGACCAUUUCUGGAAGAGGCGUGGCCUGAAAGAGAUCCGCCUCUCCUCAGGGUUUAUGUUAAUUAAUGUGGCACUAGAACUGUGUGAUGAUGUGCAUAUAUACGGAUUCUGGCCAUUUGACAUCGACCUGCAGCAGCAGCCACUUCCAUAUCAUUAUUACGACAACAAAGAACCGCACAAGUUUAUGCACGCAAUGCCAGAGGAGUUCAUCCACUUGCUACAUCUCCACAGCCAGGGGGCGCUCACACUGCACAUACAGCCCUGUUCAUAA